AUGGCCACCGUUACCGUCGCCCGACCUGUCCAGCCGGACAUCCAGUAUGCCCCAGACUACGAAAAGUACCAGGCCCGGGUUGCCCGUCGAUCCCAGGAGCCAGGUCUCCCCAAGACGCUGCCCGAGGGCCUCCCGGCGCAGUUCAAGAGCGACCUAGUCUGGGACGGGGCCACGCUGGCCAACGAGUACGACUGGACAUACGUCCUCCAGCCAGAGCAGCUCGACGAGCUCGACACCGCGCUAGCUCACUUCAAGUCCCUGGGUCUGUCGCUUGGCCACAUCAACCAGGAGACGUUCCCGCUGCCGAAGCUGCACGCCGAGCUCCGCAAGCUCUCCUACGAGCUGCACAACGGCCAUGGCUUCUUUGUCGUGCGCGGGCUCCGCGUCGACGAGCACACCCGGGAGGAGAACAUCAUCAUCUACGCCGGCCUCUCGUCGCACAUUGCGUCCCGGCGCGGUCGCCAGGACAGACAGUACGACGGCAAGCCGGCCGACGUCGUCCUAACGCACAUUAAGGACCUAACGCUCACUAAGGAAAAGGGCCAGAUCGGCAGCCCUGCGUACACGGCGGACAAGCAGGUCUUCCACACGGACGCCGGCGACAUAGUCUCGCUGUUUGCGCUGUCGACGGCGGCCGAGGGCGGCACGAGCAAGCUGGCGAGCAUCGCGCGGGUGUACAACGAGAUCGCCAACACCCGGCCGGAUCUCAUCCACACCCUCACCCAGGACUGGCAGUUCGAAGUAUUCGGCACCCCUCAGAAGGCCUUCACGUCACGGCCUCUUGUGCAUUACCAGGCCGCCACCGACACGACUCCCGAGCGCUUGGCCGUCCAAUAUGCGCGGCGGUACUUUGUCGGCUACGGCGCGCUCCCCCGAAGCGAUGAGAUCCCACCCAUCUCCGAGGCGCAGGCUGAGGCCCUCGACACGCUGCACUACCUCGGCGACAAGUUCGCGGUGAACCUGGACUUCCAGAAGGGGUACAGUCAACUACACGCCCUGAGUCUAUCGAUGACCCCUACUGAAACCAUUACCUAG